AUGGCAUGCCAUGAGAGGAACACUGUAAGGUGUACUCAGACAUCACCAACAGAGGCAUCCUGUCAAUGCUACUCGGAGUACAGCGCUGCCACCAAAUGUCACAAGCAAAAGAACCCCUGUUUGGAAGUUCCAUUAGGAGCCAGCCUUUCUGGUGCUGAAGCCUGCAAAACCGAGGAAGGUAACUUGUGCAUCCCCAAGCUAGGCACAGAAAGGUAUAUUUGCGUGUGCCUUCGCCCAUUUCAAUCGUCAAAAGCCUACGCAUUUCCUAACUGCCUUGGUGAACCUGAAAGGCUCUGCGAUCGACAAUUGUGCGUGGGUUUUCAACCCACCAGGCCCAGAGGUAUAACCAUCACUCCGCAACGUGUGAUGCUUACAAAAGAUCUGGAUUUGACUGGCGAAGAGCAUGCAAUUUGCAUUGGCAACGGAUCUUGUCAGUGUCCCGACACUUGGUAUGGUGAGCAUUGCACACGCCAGAGGGGCAAACCACAGGAAAAUUCAUGGACUGCGUGGUCUCCAUGUCAUCCCGAUUGCCUAGACACUAGCAUCCUCUCAAGUGUAAUGGGUGUCUCAGGUGUGGGUUAUAAAGUUUCAAAGGCUCUCUGCACAACUCAGGAGAAUCGUAUUUGUGAAGGAAACUUUAGAACGUGGACUCGAUGUAAAGUGACUUCACUGUGUACCGCUGAGAAGCAAAAGUCCCUCGCCUUUCCUCCUGAUGUUGCAAUGGCAGCUGCAAAGGUUCUCAAAGAGGGUUCUUAUACGCGCGCGUCGGAGCAAGCCAAUAUGCCUGCUCCAUUGCUUUGGAAUGAAAAACAAUACUUAUUUGCAAUAUUCAUCUCUGUCACCGCGAUAGCUGCCGUCAUUAGUAUAUGUAUAGUGGAAAUCAUCGCUGCGAUCCGAAUGUCAAGCCCAAAAAUUCAAAGGAAUUCCGCCGGAGGUGUUGAUCGCGAAUGA